UGCCUAAGACCCAAGGCGGGGGGCGUUCCGGGGUCCUGUAAGGGCGAGUAGGGGCGGAGGCGGGCUGCCCCGGCCUGGAAGUCUGGAGUCUGGGGUUCCAGGAUUCCUCCCUGCGCGACCUUGGACAAGUCGCACCUCCUCUUUGGGGCUCAGUUUUCCUUCUGUCACAUGAAAGAGAUGUUGAAUCCUUCCUUUCUUUGACUGUCCAAGCACGGGCGCGGCUGGAGGGAGUCUGAGGGAGUGAGAUCCAAACUGCCAUGGCAGGACAGAAUGCUUUGACCUCCAGACUGUUUUAAAUCUAGUAGAUAAGCCAGAUACUGUGUUGCCAUAACCCUUGGCCCACAUUUAAGUGGGACUGCAGCUAGCUUGGAUGUCAAACUUUUUAGGCAGCAGUGUCUGAAUCCUGUUCCCUGGCCUAAGGACUACUGAGUGCUGGUUAUCUGUGCAGGAUAGCCACACAGCAAAAAUGUUUGCAAAACUAAAGAAGAAAAUUGCAGAAGAGACUGCUGUUGCUCAGAGGCCAGGAGGUGCUACUAGGAUCCCACGGUCGGUGAGCAAGGAAUCUGUUGCCUCUAUGGGAGCUGACUCAGGAGAUGACUUUGCUUCGGAUGGAAGCAGCUCCAGAGAAGAUCUUUCAUCCCAGCUUUUAAGAAGGAAUGAACAGAUACGGAAGUUAGAGGCCAGACUUUCUGACUAUGCUGAACAGGUCCGAAACUUGCAGAAGAUAAAAGAGAAGCUUGAAAUUGCAUUAGAAAAACACCAGGAUUCUUCCAUGCGGAAAUUUCAAGAGCAGAAUGAGACAUUCCAAGCCAACAGAGCCAAAAUGGCAGAAGGACUGGCUUUGGCAUUAGCCAGAAAAGACCAGGAAUGGUCAGAAAAGAUGGAUCAGCUUGAAAAGGAGAAAAGAUUUCUGACAGCUCAAUUACAGGAAAUGAAGAACCAGAGUUUGAAUCUUUUCCAAAGGAGAGAUGAAAUGGAUGAAUUAGAGGGGUUCCAGCAGCAGGAACUAAGUAAAGUAAAGCACAUGCUUUUAAAAAAAGAAGAAAGUCUGGGGAAAAUGGAGCAAGAAUUGGAGGCACGAACCAGAGAACUUAGUCACAUCCAGGAGGAGUUAAUAACCUCCAAUCAGAUGUCAUCAGACUUAAGCCAGAAGCUAGAAGAAUUACAGAGACACUACUCAACGCUGGAAGAGCAGAGAGAUCAUGUGAUAGCUACAAAGACAGGUGCAGAAAAUAAGAUCACAGCCCUGGAACAAAAGGAACAAGAGCUACAAGCACUCAUUCAGCAGCUUUCUGUCGAUUUGCAAAACGUCACUGCUGAAACUCAAGAGAAAGAGAAAGUUAUCACACAUUUGCAAGAGAAGGUCGCAUCCUUGGAGAAGAGACUAGAACAAAACUUAUCAGGAGAAGAACAUGUCCAAGAACUUCUGAAAGAGAAAACAGUUGCUGAGCAGAAUUUUGAGGACACCAGACAGGAGCUCUUAGCAGCUACAAGCAGCCAGGCCAAGGCCAUUAACACCCUGGAGUCUCGGGUGAAAGAGUUAGAGCAGAUCCUGCAGGCCACCGAGGAGCAGCUGAAGCAGAGCAGGGCUGUUGUGCUUGCCCAGGAAGCCCACAUUCAGGAGCUUGCCGCUGCCAAUACAGAGAGCAGCCAGGCACAGCAGCAGGCUGUUGCUCUGGAACAACAGCACAUAGAGCACACCCAGGCCCUGGAGGCCCAGAUCGCCUCUCUGGAGAGAGUACGGGCCUGCGAGCAGGCCACCGCGGAGCGCGGGAUGAGAGAACUGGAGCAAGAAAAUGCAGCCCUUAAAGAAAGCAGGAGUGAAUGUGAACGUUCUCUACAACAUCACCAAUUUGAACUAAAGAAGCUAAAGGAGGAGUGGAGCCAAAGAGAAAUUGUGAGCGUGGCAAUGGCUCAAGCCCUGGAGGAGGUGCGGAAGCAAAGGGAAGAGUUCCAGCAACAGGCUGCCAACCUGACAGCCAUGAUAGAGGAGAAGGAGCAGAGUCUACAGGAAAAAGCUGAAGUCCUUCUCCAGAAAGAGCAGGAGAUUCUCCAACUAGAGCAGGGUCACAACUCAGCCCUGCUGCAGAUACGCCAGCUGCAGGGUGAGCUGGAGGCCCUGCAGAGCCUGAGGGUGGAAGAGGCUACAGCAGCCUCGGAACAGGACCUGCUUAGGCUGCAGGGCCCGGAGCGGGGCGAGACGCUGCCAGCCAGUGGGCCAAACGUGACCUCAAAGGCCUUGUACCAGCUCCCAGCAGCAGGAGGAACACCAAAUGGGGAGGUUGAGGCCAUGGAUCUAGGACAGCUACAGAAGGAAAAACAGGACUUAGAGCAGCAACUUGCAGAGAAAAAUAAGACUAUAAAGCAGAUGCAGCAGCGGAUGCUGGAACUCAAAAAGACUCUGCAGAAGGAACUGAAAAUCAGACCCGAUAAUGAGCUUUUUGAAGUCCGGGACAAACCUGGACCUGAGAUGCCAAACAUGGCCCCUUCCGUCACGAAUAACGCUGACCUGACUGAUGCCCGAGAGAUCAACUUCGAGUACCUUAAGCACGUGGUUCUAAAAUUCAUGUCCUGUCGUGAAUCUGAGGCUUUUCAUCUUAUAAAAGCUGUGUCAGUGUUGCUGAACUUUUCCCAAGAGGAAGAGAACAUGCUCAAAGAAACCCUGGAAUAUAAGAUGUCGUGGUUUGGGUCCAAACCAGCUCCCAAGGGCAGCAUCCGGCCAUCUAUCUCAAACCCUCGGAUACCAUGGUCCUAGAGGGAACUACCCAAGGAUGGAGCUCCAUGGGUUGACACUUUUUCUGUGAAAAGAACACUGACACACCAGUCUGGGUGGGUUUUUAAUCACUGUAACUGCAGUAUUUUGUACAAGCGUCUAAACAUUGUUUACAAGACUUAAGGCCCACUUCCCUGAAGGCUGACAUGAACCUCAGGGGGUAGCUGAUCCUGUGUCAUUCUGGUCACCAAACAGGAGAGUCCUGGCACUACCCAGAUUUCCACAGUGCUGCUAACAUCCCAGCUUUGGCCAGCACCCCAUCUGCACCUGAAUCUUCUUUUAAUGUUAGCACUUAAGCUGAAGCGACCAGCAUCUGUGAAGCAGCAACUGGGUCAUCAUGUAGUGAUGACGCUGGAGGUAGAGAUGCCCUUUGAAAUGGUGCCCAGCAGGCCACCCCACCAGCUUCUGCCAGGAGCAGCCAACUCAGUGGGGGUGGCUUUAAAAAUUCAGAUGAGUUAGAAGAGGCUUUUUAUCCCUUCCUCUCAAGAAAAUAUUAUUUCACCCUUUUUCUUAAACCACCUCAAACUUUAGAUGUGUACAUCUCUAAGGGCCAGUGUGGAUUAAUUGAAGAAUAUGCAACUUUCUGACAGUAUCUCCACUUUACUUAAGAAAACUAGCAAAUAUAUAAAAAGAUCCUAAGUAUAGUACCAAAUACACUCAAUUGCCUUUUUAAUGAAUGUACUUGUCUUGGAUAGGUUGCUGGUAAACCAUUUUAAAACUAUUUUUUAUAGCUAAAGUUCUUCACUAUUAUAAACAUGUCUUCUGUAUUAUAAAAUCCAUUAACUGGUGUUCUUAAAGGAAAAUCAGAGCAUCAAGAGGAAAUUAUUUCUAAAAUUGGAAUUCCUGUCCCUUUGUAAUUUCACUAGCCUUCUGUGGCAUCUCUCUGAAGCAGUGGUGGCAUUUCAUGGCUUUGCUCUGGAUUCUGUGUUGUACUACCACUGAACAAGUGCUAACCAUAUUUUUCCUACUUAAGGACAAUCUGCUGUAUUCAUCGGAAGCAGCAGCUGUCCCUUCCCCCAGCCUUGACCAAAACAUGGGAGGCAGUCCGCCUGGUGCGUGGAGCCACUCUCCCCCCCUCACCCUAACCCCAGAUAUUUAAGAUGACACUACAUUCAUGGAUUAUGUCCAGACAGCCCCCAGCUGGCUGUAGUACUUGAUGGCAUGCACACGACUCUGGAAGCAACUGAUAAAAACUUAUAUUCAUUAUUACUGAGGAAAAGGGAAGAUGCUCCUUCUGGAUAAGCCACAAUAACAAAUCUAAAGGGAAACUGUAUUUAUAGUUAGAUGAAGGAUUCACUGGUUAAAUAAAAAACUGAAUUAAUAAGUGGAGCUCUUAAAUUUAUAAAUUAUCCAGUGAUGUUUUCUCAAUUAUGGUUAGGGUCAAAAAAAAUAUCAAAUAUAUCUCACAGAAAAAUAUUUGCAGAGUUACCCUAUUGAAUUCCCAUGAAGUAUCAAGUCAGGACAGCAUCACCUUAGUCCCAACUCAGGCUCUCUGCCACCUGAACGAACCAUUCUGCAGUGACCUACCUACCUCCUCACGUGGCUCUUCAUUGCAGAUGUCUGUCCCUUGUAUAGAAUGCUGUUUUCCAUUUACCCAGUGGGAACAUGAAACAGGAGUCCUUUCUGUUCUGCAAUUUUGAUGAGUAAGGAGGUAGCUUUUUUCAAAGUAGGAUUUCCUCCUUUUCAACUGUUCCAGGAAAGAAUCCCUAAGAUUGGGUAGCUCAAGGCUUGCCAGAGGCAGCUGCAUUUCCAUGGAGCUGGGUCUGACUCGUCCAUGGCUUCUCCAGCCCUUGAGCUGGUCUCAAGCUCCUGCCCACAACUGCCCUGGCAGUUUCAGGUGUAGCUGUGGGGCUGUUACUAAGUCCAUACUCGCUUAGGGAGGAUUCCUCCUGCAUGUUGAAUUUCCUUCAGCUUUAAGAGGAAGAGUGGAGUAAAUAUUCUAAGUGAUUUAAUGCACUUUUACUUGUAUAAAACUUUCUGUGAUACAGUAUAUAUAGCCCUUUAUAUAAGCAAUUGGGUCUUUACCUUUCCUUCAAUGUUGUAAAUAGGGAUUAUAUUAUCUAAAACUGCUGUAGAAAAUUCAUUUGUGGUGCAAUACACUUUUUAAUUAAAGCUCUUCAAUCCAGAUGCAA